CUCACAUCCUGUGUGCGGUUGAGGAAGUGUGUUUAGACACGACUGCAUGUGUGAGCUGCUUCAGGCCAGUGCGGGUGACUUCAAUAAGAGCUGAGCAGCUUUGUGUCAGGAGAAAUUAAGAGAAAAACAUUUUGAGAUUGUCGGCAGAAUGCUUCAAAGGAAACCAUCCAACGUCUCUGACAAAUCAAGGAACAAACCCAAGCGUUCCACCAGUUUUGGGAUUUUCGACAGACAGCAGCCCACCCAGGUCAAAACAGAAGAGAAUGUAGAAAAUCCGCCUGUGGAAGCUGCUGAGGUGGAUCCCAGUAAAUCAGGAGGUCUCGGGAAGAAGAUGAAGAACAUCUCAUUGACCAUGCGUAGAAAGAUGGGCAGGAAAUACACCAAAGCCCUGUCAGAGGAAAUGGCCGAGGAUAAAGAAGCUGCGGUGUCUGAAGUCGUGGACGGCACGUUGGCCAAAGGCUGCAACCACUCCAGUAACUCCGUAGAGAGUUUGUUCAGCUUACACAGCGGCCAGAGUUCAUCUAGUGGUGUGACCAGCGGCUCUGAGGGUUGUAAUAACCGGGACAGCCUUCGUUUAGAAGAAGAUGUGCCCUACACGGGCCAGUUCUGUGGAAGAGCCAAAGUUCACACCGACUUCGUUCCCAGUCCAUAUGACACAGAGUCUCUCAAACUAAAGGUGGGAGAUAUGAUUGAUAUCAUCAGCAAACCUCCAAUGGGAAUCUGGACUGGGAUGUUGAACGGUAAAAUAGGAAGCUUUAAGUUCAUCUACGUUGACGUGCUGGUGGAAGAAAGAGCGCCAGAACCGAGGAUUCGUUCUCACCGGAGGAGCAGAAGACCCCGACCCAAAAAUCUUCUGGAACUUCUGGAAAGACUCAAUUUGGAGGAGCACAUUUCAUCUUUGAUGUUGAAUGGGUAUCAGACGGUGGAAGAUCUUCGGGAUUUGAAGGAGCAGCAUCUCGUAGAGCUCAAUGUGACUGAUCCUGAACACCGACACCGGCUGCUGUUGGCGGCAGAAUACCUGCAGGACCCUGAAUAUAAUCAAAGCCACAGAGAGAAAGAUGAAGAGCCCAAAUCUCCCACUGUAGAAGUCCAAGCCGAACUAAACGACUGUCCAAGAGACUCGGGCUGUUAUAUAGGAUCUGACUGUUCAGACAACAGUAAAGAGGACACAGAGACCCAGCCGGCCCCUCUCAGCCCACCUGCAAACCAAGCAUAACCACAGCCCUGCAUAAUGCUGUUCAACUGGCCUCGCCUGCCUCUGGUGGGUGCAAGGACUAUUACCCGCCAGCCACAACCUACUGUAUAUUUGACUGCGUAAAGCAGCCUUUGUGUUUCAAAGCGGUUGCAUUAAGGUGUCUCUGACGACACUGGCAGGGGCGUAGCACCAAAUUUUGGACCCUGGGUAAAAAACCAUCUUGCUGGGCCCCCAAAUCAUAUAGGUUUGGAACAACUUGAGGGAGAGUAAAUGACAGAAUUUAAUUUUUGGGUGAACUAUUCCUUUAAAGUUUAAAUGUGUACAAUAACAAUGCACCCAUUUUGCUUAUUUCUUCUCAACACUUCAUUACUAAGUGUUAAAACAGGCAAUUCCGCUAAAAGCUCACCUUGUCUCAUGGUCACUGCUUUCACCUGGCAAUGAUGAGGGGUCUGCUGCUGCAGGGUCUGAAACUGAAAUAUAUGGCUUCAAAUGGUUGCUAGAAUAUCCUUUGUCGUCACAAUACACCUUUUUUAAAGUGUAGGCUAAGUACAAGUUAAUUGCUGAUUAUUUGUCUGUUUAAAAUAAAUGCAGACUAUAGAAUCAUAGGGCACACUAACCGCCAAACUAGACAUUCAGCCUUUCAAUUACGUUUUUAAAUAAGUCAUUUUCAAUCAUUAAGAUGGGCAUUAAACUGAGAACAAUCUUGUACUUAAUGUAAGAACGUGCGCGAGCUAAUUUGCAUAACAAUGUGGUAAAAUUGGCGCUAACGAUCUGUGUUUUCGCGGGUGUUAGAUUUUGUAAACUUCUGUUCUGACUCUGGGGAGAACUCCUCCAAGAGUAGAUAUUUAUGUUAAAACAACGUCAAUGCUCGAUGAUGCAUUCGGAGCUCACCUUUCUUUUUAAAAAACUGAGUAAGCAACUGCUUGCCCUCAUUUGCCUUUCUCUCUUUAAUCUUCUUUUCGUUUUGAGCCCCUGAUUGUCCUUUCUUAAGGAAAGACAUGACUGCCCCUGUCUUCGUAGUUCAUAUCACGGCUAACUCAGCUCCUGUCUCAUCUCAUUAACUGAUUCACCGCAGUUCUGUUGAAGAAGUACCUGAACAGCGGGUCGUACCAUUUACAUUGAUGCGAGAGGGGUGGUGGGGCCCUGCACAGCAUGAAAAUGACUUUUUUUUUUAUUUUAUACCAAACCAGUGCCUAACUACAAGUUUAGGUUUGCACAGGAACUUUUUUAUUUGUACAAAAAUGCUAUACAAAUGUUAGUGCAUGUAUAUGUAUGUAUAGCAAACUGACUUCUAAACCUCCACCCCUCCUGCCUCGGUACCCUUUACCCCCCACAGUCCGACGCCCCUGGACACUGGAUUAUCACAUCAUGGACACUGAUAGAUAUUAAAGAUGACAUGUAAAUAUACUGUAAAUAUGUUGAAAGUGGUGAAGCUUUGCUCUUGUAAACCGUAUAAACUUUGCCUUGCAGAUACUAGACGAAACAACAAACUGUUGAGAUUACAAAUGCAUUAUUUUCAUGCAAUAAAAAGAUAUCUUUGUAUCAUA